ACUUAAAUGAUUAUUAUAUUAAACCAGUAUGUUUUUAUAUUUCUAAAAUAAUUGAGUUCCUAAUAUAAAAUAUAAUGAUCAUUUAUCCUACAUCAAAUAUAUUAAAGUUUAAUUAAUUUUUUGACCUAUUAAUAAAAUUGAUAUAUAAAUAUAAAUGAAUUUCGAAAAUGAAUGUUGAAGAAAAUAGACUACAAACUUUUACUGAUUGGCCAGCAAAUGCUGCAGUUGAUGCUGCUCGAAUAGCAAAAGCUGGAUUUUAUUAUAGUGGACAUGGUUUAGAAGUACAAUGUUUUUUAUGUGGAAUAAAAAUUUCUGAUUGGAAUUAUGGUGAUCAAGCUAUAGUUCGUCAUCGAUUAGCUGAACCUAAUUGUUCUUUUGUUCAAAAUCCUUCUAGUACUUGUAAUAUUCCUUUAAUACCAAUUAACAAUAAUGAAUUGGCAUCACCAUCAACAGAAAUAUCACAAAAUAAUAUAAUUGAAUAUCAAUCUACAAAUUCUUAUCAAUACAAAGAAUCUCAAAAAAAAUAUAAAAUCAUGUCACAUAGGUUACAAUCUUUUAUUAAUUGGCCACUUUCUUCUAUUGUAUUACCUGAAAAUCUUGCCAAAGCUGGAUUUUAUUAUCUUCAACAUGAUGAUGAAGUACAAUGUAUAUAUUGUGGAGGUAUUUUAAAAAAAUGGGAGCUUGGUGAUGAUCCAAAUAAAAAACAUAGAAAAUAUUUUCCUGAUUGUAAUUUUUAUGUUCAUCAAGAUAAAGAUGAUAAUUUAUAUUUAAGUAAUGUAAAAUUAAUAUCUGGUACAACAUCAAAUCUUUUGGACUUAGGAAUACAAACACACACAACUCCUAAAAAACAAGAUUGUGCAACAUAUGAAGGAAGAUUACAUACUUUUAAUGGUUGGCCAGAAAAUAUUAAACAAACUCCUGAAAUAUUAGCUAGUGCAGGAUUUUAUUAUGAUGGAUAUGGUGAUCAUGUUAGAUGUUUUCAUUGUGAUGGUGGCUUACGAAAUUGGGAAACAACAGAUGAUGCAUGGAUUGAACAUGCAAAAUGGUUUCCUAAAUGUGAAUUUGUAAAUCUUGUAAGGGGACAAGAAUUUAUCAAACAAUGCAUUAAUAAUAGACCACCGUUAGAUCAAUCAAUUUUUGAAGGUAUAACAGAAGACGAAAAUAUAGAUAAAAUUGAAAUGUCAUGUACUUCUUCAUCUUCACUAGAAAUUACAGAAGCAACAUUAAAAAAAUUAUUAGAGAGUCCAUUAGUAACAAUAGCUUUAGAAAUUGGAUUACAUAUGGAUAAAAUAAAAAGAGCUUUGCAAAAACGAAUAGAGGAAGUAGGAAUACCAUACACACAUCCUGAUCAACUUAUAGAAGAUGUUCUUUGUGGGCAAAUUAUGGAAGAAUCAACAAAGGAACAAACAAACAAUAUAGAAAAAUGUAAUAAUAUGAAAAAAAAUGAAUAUAAAGAACAUUCAAUUGAAAAUGAGGUAUUUAAUAAUACAGCUAACAGAAAGACAAAUAUUAACUUCAAGGAAAUUACAUCUUUAGAAGAAGAAAAUAGAAAAUUAAAAGAAGCUCGCUUAUGUAAAAUUUGUAUGGAUCGAGAAAUAGCUAUUGUAUUUUUACCUUGUGGACAUUUAGCAACUUGUGUUUAUUGUGCACCAUCUCUUACAUAUUGUCUAAUGUGUAGACAAGAAAUUAAAGCUAUUGUUCGUACAUUUCUAUCACGUCGGAGGUCGACGUUAAAGAUUGGUAUAAAAGUUGUGUGUGUAUGUGUGAAAACAAAGUGCGUGUUUUACUUUUACAGUUAUUUUGAUAGAUUUGGAUAUAAUAGAUUUGGCAAUAAAAAUAAGAUGACUGGUAUUAUCAAGCACAGAGAUUUUGGAAAUGAUUCAAACCUCAAAACUUCAACAAAUGCACAUUUAACAUCACCACUUCUUAUAACACCUCAUAUAUUGAAUGAUGAAGUAGAUAAUAUUGAUUAUCGCUUUGAAGCAGCAAGACUUCAAAGUUUUGAAAAUUGGCCUGUAUCAUAUAUAGAACCUGAAAAACUUGCAGCUGCUGGAUUUUAUUAUACAGGUGAAGGUGAUAAAGUUAGAUGCUUUGAAUGUCAAGUUGAGAUAUGUCAAUGGGUAGAAGGUGACAUUCCAAUGGUUGAUCAUCAAAGAUGGUCAGCAAGAUGUAGAUUUAUUCGUAAAAUAAAUUGUGGUAAUGUACCAAUAGGAGUAGAUCCUAACACAAUCAUCCCACCACGACCAAGAAGUAGAGAUGUAUGUGGUCCUUAUGGUUUAGAAUAUCGACUUACAUCUGGUCCUGAUAAUCAUAAUUUUUCAACUGAAUUACAAUUACCAAGUACUGCUAAACUUAGUCGUUUAGGUUUGACAAGGCCUAAGGGACCUCUACAUCCUGAAUAUGCUAGUUAUGAUGCUAGAUUAAACACAUUUUCAACAUGGCCAAAAUCUAUGCCACAAACAAAAGAACAAUUAGCAGAUGCAGGUUUUUAUUAUACGGGAAAAGGUGAUCAAACUAUAUGUUAUCAUUGUGGAUGUGGUUUAAAAGAUUGGGAACCAGAAGAUAAUCCUUGGGAACAACAUGCAAAGUGGUUUUCUAAGUGCUAUUAUUUAUUAACAGUUAAAGGACAAGAUUAUGUGAAUAAAAUAACAGGCCAGCAUGUAUCUCCACCUUCAAAAGAAGAAACAAUACAAAUGAAUUUACCUAGUUAUAUUACAAAAAUACAACCUGCAAAUAUAGAAACAGAAAGGAAAGAAGGCACAGAUAGCAAUCCAGGAUCAAGUUCUCAAGAUAGUGGUGUAGAAAAUAUUGCAAGCAAUACAGAAUCUGUAAAAGAAAGUGCAGAAAAUUUAUCAAAUACAAAAAUACAAAAUAGUAAACCUACAGAUGAUGCAAGAAUGUGUAAAAUUUGUUAUAAUGGAGAAUUAGGAGUAGUAUUUUUACCAUGUGGACAUAUGGUUGCGUGUGUAAAAUGUGCUCCUGGCAUGAUAUCCUGUGCAGUAUGCAGAGAACCUGUUACAAUGACUGUACGAGCCUUUUUCUCAUAGUAUUCCAUAUAUAUCAAUAGUAUUCUAAUAAUUAUAGAUAAAAAUUCAUUGCAUAUAUAGCUAAUAUUUAUGGUGAUUCUUUGCAUUUUACAUUUAAUUAUUUUUGACAAAUCAAUAUUUUAAUAACUAUUUUAAAAACUUAUAAUCCGUCCAACGAAUCGAUUCAGUAUUGAUAAAUAAAAUAUUUAAAUAUAAAACAUGUAGUGAAUAUAAGACUUUAAUUGAUUGCAUUCAAUUAUUGAUUGGCAAGUAUCAGACAACUAUCAAUAUUUAUAAAAAAUCUUAUAUCAAAAUAAAAAAUUAUUGUUUAAGA